GUGACGCCCCCCAAAUCUACGAAGAGUGUUUGCGUGUUCCGCUCAGCGAGUGGCGGGGACGAGGAGGUGGGAAUGCGAGACGGUAAAGGCGAAGGACCUAUGCAGCCACCGAACUGGACAAAUGAUUUACGGCUCCGUUUUCUCGGUUGAUCACUGUAGAUAAAGAUUGGAUGUGUCUAAUAGUUGACCAUUUCUUAUGAUUUUUUUCUGUCUCCCUUUAUUUAUUCCAAUAUUCGUGGAAGGCACCACGGACAAACCACUGGACGGUGGGGCUCUGGUCAGCUCGCGUCGCAUUGCUCCACAGGGUAUAAAGGUAUCAGAGAGGAUCAUGGGAAUAUAACAGCUGUCAGUGUGUUGUGAUUGGCUAACUGACAGCUGGACUGCUGUCACUGUUCUUACCUUGGCAUUAGCCCACCACCUCCCCACCUCCCACCCAGUAUGGCAGAUACUUUGGACAUGUCUGGCCCUUCCUCUCCGGAACAGCAGAGAGCCAAUAGGAUCCUCAGUGAGCCUCUAAGACGAAGCCUGAAGCGCUCUCAUCCCUGCUCCCUCUCAGAGUAUCUCAACAACACCAACAGAAUAGCCCACCACCAUAGUAGGUCCAGUAGUACGGUUAUCAGAGGCUUCCUCCACCCCACCGCAGUGCAGCACAGGCCCAACCAGCCCAGGCAGCCCAAGCCUCACCGGGCCCCCUCCUCCAACAUAGACCUCUGGGAUUCCCCCAGUGGGCUUCACCUGGCUCAUGCUGCAGAGCUGCUGAUGAGGGCUGGGGCCUUGACACUGACCCCCACACCCAAGAACCAGGGCCCUCUGGGCGGGCUGGGGGCUGGGGGGAAUGGGGAGGAGGUGGAAGGUGGGUCCAGGGUUGAAGGGGACAGCAUGGGUUGUGUGACAGACUUCCUGCCACUGCUAGGCUGCUCCUGGUUCUCCUUGAACCCAGGCCUGUUUGCUCUGACAGCGGGAGGAGGGGGAUUCCUGACUGGUGGUGGAGGGUCAAUGGGAAUGGCUGGCGUUGGGGAGGGUGUGGAGGGGUUGCGAGGCGAGAGCUCGUCCCCUGGCGGCGGGGGGGGAGCUGGGAGAAGGAAGAGGAAGCGAUGUGGAGAGUGUGUGCCAUGUCGACGGAUGGGGAACUGUGAAGAGUGCAGCGCCUGCCGCAACCGUAAGACCGGACACCAGAUCUGCAAGUACAGGAAGUGUGAGCAGCUGAAGAAGAAGGCAGCCACUGGGUUAGAGAAGAUGGUGUUUCCGUCAAGAGCAGCGUUUCCAUGGCUACAAUAGGAUUCCACCUAUCUUUCCCAUGAACUGCCAGUCAAAUUAAAUAGACUCCGCCCAUUUGGAAUGUGAUCAUGGAUACUCUGGGCGUACAAAGUCAAUUCAGGUGGCCUUGUUGGAUUGGCUUGGAGAGUACAGUAUCUUCGACAAUCAAAAACAUGAAGAUGAAAACUCAAUAAAGAAAAGAUAAGUCAUACCAAUGGAUUUACAUAUUGUUGGGCCCAAAAUGAACCACCUCAUUAACCACAGAGUUGUUUAUUCAUUGAAAAUGUAACUCCUUUUUAUACUCCAUUUUGGAACAUUUUGUCAUCGAAGUUUCUGACCUGGACGUUUCCAUAUAAGCUAAACCAAGGACAGACUGGUCAUAAUAUGAUGUUUAUGUUUGUUUUUCUAUUCAUGUCACAGCUAAUACAAUGAUGAGUAGUAGAUGUACUUAAGUCCUGAUUAGUGUCUAGUUCUUACACCUCUACGGUCUGCCUUCUGAAUAAAGACAAGGAAACUGCCUGUC